AGAGGGUGGGUAAGAACGUUGUGCGUUCUCGCGCAGUUUGCCGUCGCUGGUCGACGACGUUCGCGCGCCCUUUCGGAUUUGUGUCUCUUCCCCUUAGUGGAUUUUUGUUGAAAGAAAUUAAUUACACAGAAAAAAUAAUUAAUAUACGAUUAUAUAUUAGAAGAAAUAAUAAAUAAUAAAAAAAAAGAAAAGAGGAAGAUCGCGUUAUUGACGAGGAAUCUAUUUAUUUGAAUAAAAAGGUUCUUCCGUUAAUUCGUUUUUAAUAUAAGAGUGAUUUAAUAUUUCUCUUAUUUCUAUUUUAUUUUGAAUGAAAUUAAUGGGGUAAUUAUUGGCCGAACGUUUUUGACAUAACGGCGGGUGCUGCGGCGUUUUAAAGAUGGCGCCGAGGAAGGACGAUUUCCGCGUGUUGAGGAAGGAUCGUUCGUGAACGGUGAGUGGUUGUGUGGUAUGGAAGAGAAAUACGAGGUGAUAGAAGAGAGAGAGAGUUGUAUCGUUAAGGGAUCGCGAUUGGUGCUGCUGAAUAGCGCCGGGUACGUUCCUUUGGAGAUUGAGAAUAAGAAGAAGAAGAAGGAGGAGGAAGAUAAGGUGGUAGUGGUGGUGGUGGUUGUGAAAAAAGAGAAGGAGGAGGAGGAGGAGAAGAAGAAAUUAGAAGAAGAAGAAGAAGAAGAGGAAAAGGAAGAAGGACCUAAAAAAGAGGGAGGUUCGUUUGUUCUUCUUUUUCUUCGAAAGAAGAGGAGAAGGAGGAGGAGGACCGGCGUUCGGUGCCGCCUCGGAAUUCUCCAUUCGAAGGAGCAGCUUAACGAUAAGUACCGAAUUAGAGGAGUAGGAGAAGGAAGAGGAGAAGGAAGAGGAGAAGGAAGAGGAGAAGGAAGAGGAAGGCCGGAAGGAGGUGCGUCGGCCUUUCGGAUGUCGGCGUGCUGCUGCUGCCGCGACAUCGACGACGACACCUCGUGUUUCGAGGAUCGUUCGCCGUCGAGUUUCUUUACUGAUAUAAAGAUGAAAAAGGAGACCGAUCGCAUCCCGGUGAACUUCGCGAGGAUCUAGUUCGUGUGAAUGGCACUAAGUCGAGGAAAAAGGACGACGAGACACGACAAACAAUUCUAAAUCCAGCCACGUGAUAUAAUCCUAUCUUCGUCCUUCCUUUUAAUCUUUCACUAUCCUCCCUUUUUCCAUGUCUUUCUCUCCCUUUUAAUAUUUGUUUCUAUCACUCUCACAGUCUUUCCAGUUUCUCCCUUGAACUGUGCUUCACUGAACAUUAGUGAUCAAACAAGAGGAUAGAUAGUAGAUUCUUCGAAAAGAAAUACGAGAAUAGAAUAAAAAUAAAAAGAAAAUUCAAUUGAAAUAAUCAUAGUAUUAAAAUCUUACCGAUAAACGGCAAAAUAAGUGUUAUUAUCAACAUUCGAGAUAGAGAAAGCAAAGGAUGGCGAUAAAGGGUCGCGAAAUUAAAAGAGAGAGACGACGUGGCUUUGAAUUCUUUUACCUUCCUCGUCUCGAUGUUGGCAAUUACGUGCGAAGCAAGACGACAGUAAGAUCUUAUUGCAAGUUUGUCCGAUCGAUCGAGACCGGCACCAACGAAAUCGGCUACAACGGCGGCACCAGAAACGGCGGAAUCAACGAUAGCAACGGCUUCAACUGCGCUUAUACCUCUUCGAUCAGUGGUAUUAUCAAAGACAACAAAAAUAACGAAAACAACAACAGCAACAACAACAACAACAUCAACAUCAACAACUUCUAUUUCUUCUGCGGAAGCGGUUACACCAACUGAGAGAGAUCAACGGACUAGAUUCCUCGUAUGCUCUCUCUUUGCCUCUAUUCCUCGCACGAUUCGUGACAAACAAAUACAGAGGACGAGUUUAUCUCGCAGGAUGGAUUCGUGCGGGAUCUACUUGUCUCAGCUACGAGCAAUGCUCGUGAGAAAUCUUCUGCUGAAGAAACGUGAAAAGCGGAAGACCACCGCGGAGAUCUUCCUGCCUCUUUACACUCUAGGAAUUCUAAUAGUGAUAAAGGUGUUGAUACCUAAUCCAAAUUAUCCUGCAAUGACGACGAGAAGGCAUGAAGAAAAUAUAUUCGAGUUAUUCAAUGGUUAUAAGAACAAUACGAUAGCUGUGGUACCUAAUUCGACAGAAACUAUCGCAUUCUUAAAUUCGAUGAACACGCUAUGGUUGUCUAUGUGGGAUUACCCUGGGAAAUUACCUUUGAAUUUCAUGAUAUUCGAUACGAAAGAUGAUCUACAGGCAGCUUAUUGGAGAGAUCCAUACAGUAUACCUCUGGCUGUGAUCUUCGAGGACUCUCAACCGAUCACUCAACGUCUUCUAUACGAGAUUAGAACAAAUCCUUCGUAUACAUCGCCUCCUUCGCCUACUGAACUCUAUUCCGCUCCGGUUACUUGCCGGAAGGAUACCAGCCAUUGGAUGGGUGACGUUCUGUCGAUAGAAACUGGCGGAUCAUGUCCCGUGAUUAACUACUUGCAUUCUGGCUUCCUAGCUUUACAAAUGCUAAUGGAUAUUACGAAGAUAAGGUUUGACACGCAAAACAUCGACGUAACCAUUCCAAAUAUAACAUUAGAAAUGUUUCCGAAAGAAGCGUUUACCGCUGAUUGGAUGCUAGCUUUUAGAGUGGUUAUUCCUUUGUACAUGGUCUUAGCACUUUCACAGUUCAUUACUUAUCUCUUGAUAUUAAUUGUCGGUGAAAAAGAGAAUAAGAUUAAAGAAGGAAUGAAAAUUAUGGGUCUUAAGGACUCUGUAUUUUGGAUAUCCUGGUUCAUUAUCUACAGCAUCUUCGUAUUGUUACUUUCUGCAGUCGCGGUUAUAUUACUCUUCACUCUACAAAUGUUUCAGCAUACGCACUUUUUACCGAUAUUUCUCCUUGUAGUACUUUAUAGUUUUUCCGUCAUCAUGUUUGCCUUCAUGAUAACACCGUUCUUUGACAAAUCUCGAACUGCCGGUGUUCUUGGAAACUUUGCAGUAACGAUACUAAGUUUGAUGUACUUCAUUCAAGUAUUCGUAGAUGAUUCUAGCUCGAUCUCAUUUUGGUUGGUAUCACUUAUAAGUCCCACGGGUGUUGCAUUGGCCAUGGACAAGGCCUUGGUCCUGGAUUUACUAGGAGAAGGAGUCAAUUUCGAUAAUCUCUGGUCCGGUCCUGGUAUGCCUUUCGGGGGAAGUCUCAUUAUGAUGACUUUAGACAUAUUCUUAUAUGCUUCCAUAGCAUAUUACUUGGACUCGGUUAUUCCAAGCGAAUACGGCACGAAAAGACACCCGUGGUUCUGUUUCACGCCCGGAUUUUGGUGCCAACGUAAAGUUCAAAGGGUACCAUCGUCUAACGGGGAAUCUAAUUCGUUUAUACCCGGGGAAGAAACAAGUCGAGACGUUGAACCGGUUGUUCGUGAGAUGAAAGGAAGGGAAGCGAUUAGAAUCGUAGAUUUAUUUAAAUCUUAUCAGAAAUGUCGUAAGCCUGAAAUUAAAGCAGUCAAUGGUAUCAAUUUAACAAUUUAUGAGGGACAAAUAACAGCAAUACUAGGACACAAUGGUGCCGGUAAAACCACGUUGUUUAAUAUACUCACGGGAUUGACAUCGCCAACAGCCGGUACAGCUUUGAUUUUUGGAUAUGACGUACGAGAUUCGAACGAUAUGCAGGUGAUUAGAAGUAUGACAGGUGUAUGUCCUCAGCAUGACAUUCUGUUUGAUCUUUUAACACCUAGAGAACAUCUCGAAUUUUUUGCUGCUGUACGUUGCAUUCCAAAAUCGAUGAUCGAAUACGAGGUAAAGAAAACGUUAAAAGAUAUCGAUUUGGUUGAAAAAGCAGAUACUUUUGCAAAAUACUUAAGCGGUGGUCAGAAGAGAAAGCUCUCAGUAGGUAUCGCCAUUAUCGGUGACCCUAAGAUCAUUAUCCUUGAUGAGCCCACAGCUGGAGUGGAUCCAUACUCAAGAAGACAAAUGUGGUCUUUCUUGCAAUCCAGAAGGCAUGGUAAAGUCAUUCUUUUAACGACUCAUUUUAUGGAUGAAGCAGACAUAUUAGCUGACAGGAAAGCAGUUAUAAGUAAAGGAAGAUUGAGAUGUUGCGGUAGUUCAUUGUUCUUAAAAAACAAGUUUGGCAUCGGUUAUCAUUUAACUCUUGUACUCGAAGGCAACGCAAGGGAACAUGCGAUAGCGCGAUUAGUAUCGUCUCACGUAACGAAAGCCGAAAAAGCAAGACGUCAUGGUCGUGAAUUGAGCUUCAUCUUGCCUCAUAAUUCAGUGGAAAAUUUCGCCUCACUUUUUUCGGCUAUCGAGCACGAAAUCAAAACGAGAUCGAGUAGGUUGGGUAUCAGUAGUUAUGGAGUAUCUAUGACGACCCUGGAAGAAGUAUUUUUACAUCUGGAAAAAGACGAGGAAACGGAGUGUACCAUGGAUAAUCUGUCUAAGAAAAUGGUUCGUAAUCGUGCACUUAGUAGAUCGUUGUCCUUGCAGUCGAAAAGUACAUCGUACCAGAGUUUACAGAACGAAGGUGUUAUCGUUCAAAAUGAUGGUCAAGCAAAAGGAGCAGGUGAUCUACCAGAUGGAAUUCACAAUGAUAGGAAUCCUCCUGUUCUCGGCCUUGGCUUAGACCCCAUCAAAAUUCGGCCUAACUUCCUUCAAAUUCUUUACGCCAUGCUUCGCCUAAGGAUACUCAGGCUGUUUAGAAACAUUCAACUACUUUACUUCACCAUCAUUGCUCCUCUUGCUCUCAUAAUCCUCGGUCUCUACAUAAACAGUAUUCAAACGGUCGAAAUUAAGAUGCAAUCUCUUGAACUUAAUAGUGAAACCUACGGCAAUAAGACGAAAAUCUUAUAUGUGAAUAAUACCAAAGUUGACAUAACGCCUUUGAUGGAUGGUAUAAAUCAAGAUGUUAAGCACGUCGAUGAAUACGAUGGAAAUUUCGUUAGUUUGUUAAAAAACGCACCACACAUGGCAGCAUUUAAUAUCAAUGAAUACAACUUCCCUAAAAUGAAUUUAACGAUCGUAUAUAACGAUACUAUGCAACAUUCUUUGCCCAUCUUAGUGAAUGUACUGUUAAAUACUUAUUAUAGAUUGGUAGCUGGAAAGGACGAUGUUCCUCCAAUUGAAGUAAAGACUCAUCCGUUUCAACAGACAUCACAGCCACAAGAAUUUAAUGUAGGCAUUGCCAGUUCAGCAUUAUUUAUUGGAAUGGAUUUUGUUUUAUUACCGAUCACGUUAGCAGUUGAUAUGGUUUACGAUCGAGAAAUAAAAGCAAAGAAUCAAUUGCGCGUCAAUGGUCUGUCAUUUCCAAUGUACUUCCUUUCCUAUUUCAUUGUCCUCGUCGGCCUGAUGACAUUUAUUUGUUUAUGCAUCGUCGGCAUUAUAUUUCUUUUCGACGUGCCUUCGCUUCAAGAACCACCAGCACUCAUCACCCUUGGUGCCCUUUUGAUGUUAUACUGCCCUUCGUCCAUUCUUUUCUCGACAUGUUGGAGUUAUAUCUUUGAUAAGAUGGACUCUGCACAAAGUAUUUUACCCAAUAUUGCAACAUUCCUUGGACUUAUACCGUUUCUGCUUGUCGUCAUACUAGACAUGCUAGGCGUCGGUGGUACAGCAGCGUUCGCUUUGCAUGUGGUUUUUUCUCUGUUAAAUACCAUGUACGUGCCCUUCGCAGCGGUGUACUAUGUAGAUCGCGUCCAUUUAAUGUGCUCCAUCAAUGCUGCUUGCCAUCAUUUAACGAUGUCAGACUAUCUUACUACAGAGAUCAUUUUAAUGGCCGUUGGUGUACUCUUACAUUGUCCAUUAUGGUUCUUUGUGUUGCUAUUAUUGGACAUCAAGAAAAGCGGUGGAAACGUUAGCGAUCUCUUCAAACACUUCCUGAGAAAUGGUGGUUCUAUCGGCGAGGAGAUCAUGGAAAAUUCCGAUAUAGGCGAUCACGAAGAUUCUGACGUCAAAAAUGAAAGACAGAGAGUGUUCAAUCUUAUUACGUCACCUUCCGCUCAACAACCACCAGUGGUACUUGUCCAGAAUCUACGAAAAGAAUAUCGCCAACGAGAAGCAGUUUCUUGUAGCUGUUGUACCAAACGGGAGGAAGAAACAACACCGCAAAUGCAACAAAAAGUCGCCGUACGAAAUCUAUCAUUGGCCGUUGAACCGGGCGAAGUAUUCGGACUGUUGGGUCAUAACGGUGCCGGUAAAACUACUACGAUGAAGAUCAUUAUUGCAGAGGAAGCAGCGACACGUGGUAGAGUACAAAUUGGUGGAAGCAAUAUUCACUCUCACAUUGAAGAAGCAUUCAGACAAAUGGGAUAUUGUCCUCAACACGAUGCCCAAUGGAAGAACAUUACGGUACGAGAACAUUUGGAAUGCUACGCAGCCAUUCGUGGUGUACCUUGGGGAGAGAUUAAUAGAAUUGUUGAUCUCUAUCUAUCCGGUCUUCAAAUACAUGAACAUGCCGAUAAACAAACUCAAGAAUGCUCAGGUGGUACUAGAAGAAAACUCAGCUUUGCAAUGGCAAUGGUUGGAGGACCAAAGGUUGUUUUAAUGGAUGAGCCUAGUACGGGUAUGGAUCCUAGGUCAAAGAGAUUCCUAUGGGAUACCAUUCUUGCUAGUUUUCAGGGCGGUCGAGGAGCAAUUCUUACAACUCACUCAAUGGAAGAAGCAGAUGCAUUGUGUUCCAGAGUCGGUAUAAUGGUCAAAGGUGAACUGAGAUGUAUAGGUUCGACGCAACAUCUUAAAAAUCUUUACGGUGCUGGGUACACUUUAGAAAUGAAACUAUUGGGUGGCGAUUGCACCCCGACUACGCCUUCCAGUGAUAGAUUAUCUGCAUUAAAAGAAUUCGUUGCUGGUCUCUUUCCUGAUGCAACUGUAGAAGAAAGCUUUGCAGAUAGAUUGGUUUUCGCCGUUCCUCAACACGCAGUGAACUCGCUGGCCGAGUGCUUUAUGCAGUUGGAGAAGGCCAAGCAAGAGUUGGAUAUCGAAGAGUACAGUUUCAGUCAAACUACGCUGGAACAGGUGUUUCUUAAGUUCUCUCAUUACGAUGAGAGCAAUAGUGGUGAAUGACGAUCUAGAUAUUCAGUGUGUUAGUAUCCCAUUUUUAAUUAUGAACUUGCUAUACUUUCAAGAUUGCUCAAUAACGCGCGAGAGUAUUCAAAGUCAUUGUUUUUAUCUCUGCGAGUGAAGAAAACCGAAACGAAAAUGAUAUUAAAAAAGUCAUCUACGUUGUAAGAAAAAUAAUACCAUGACUGUCGGAUAAUGUUGCACUAAAAAUGCGAGUACGAGCGAUGUUAAAGAAAUCAAAAAAAUCAUUUUCUUUCCAUAAAAAAAAAGUUCAAAGUUUAAUCAUUUAAAAAAUUAGAAUAAUCGCGUCUAUCCUUUGUUAAUGUAUUAUUAUUAUUAUUAUUAUUAUUAAUUAUCUAAACAUUACACCACAAUGAUUCAUUAAAUGCACGACCUUUUUUCUCUAUGAGGAUUCAGUGACAUACAUUAAAAUGCUUUUAUCUAAUAGGAAGGGGGUUGUAUAUUGUCCCAAAUCUGCAAUUGAAUCUAGAUGAAACGCGUAUUCUUGUUAAAUAAAUCAUUCAAAGGAUAUUGUAUAUACAUUAUCUUGAAAUAUGCUUUUAUCAGUACUGUAAACCAUGUAACACAUAAUUGCACAAUUAAAGAAAAGCAACUAUUUAAUACGAAAUUUUCGCAGUCGUAAUAUAAGCUAACACACAUUAAAUACAUGCAUUCAUAAAAUAAAUACAUAAAUACAUUAAGCAAGUAUGGGUUCUAAUUUUAGGGCUUCCUGAAUAAAAGAUUUUUGUAAAAGCGAAUUCAUUUGAGAAUCUUAGAAUAUAAAAAGAAAAAUAAUAAACUAGUAAUUUUGGGAGGGGUUUUGGUAUCCAUGAUCUCGCCACCAUGACUGUAUGUCACUGUUAGGAUCGUAUAUCAACUGAUAUAAUACUGCGAAUACUGCGAGUAUAUACAACAAUUACUAUCAAUAUUAUAAUGAAAUCGUCUAUUUCUCGUGCUCGUAUUUUGGUGCAUCGCAAAUUAGACGUUUGCGUAAAAAAUACUUCUGUAUUAUCUGCGCAGAUAAGUAAUCGAGGAAUAAUUAAGUGUUAAUAAUUAGCAUCUUGUAAAUAUAGUCGCAAAAGGAUAGUGUUCGAGCGUCGAUUACAAAAAAAAAUAAGAAAAAAAGAGAAGUUCCGUUUUCAUUGAUAACACGAACAAAAAAUACCGAUUUAAUAAUCUAAAGUAUAAUCUAUACUGAUUUUAUCGUUUCGAUAUUAUUUCACGCUCUCAUUUUUUAAAUACCAAAAGAAAUACUCGCGCAGCGGUCUCGUAACAAUAUUGCAUUGGAAUUGGAUCCUGUAAUGUAUUUAAUGUUAGUCACAAAAAUAUGACGUAACGUUUAUGAUCAUUAACAGAGAGGUAACGCAGAUAUCUCUCUUCUGCGUGUAAUACAUACAUACACAUACACACACACACAUACAUUCAUACAUACACACAAAUUCAUACGUACUUACAUACAUACAAACGUAACUACAUAUAUAUCAAUUUAUUUAAUUUUAAUGCGACAAUUUGUUAUCCGCAAACGUAUGAGAAGAGCAUUUUACCCCGAUAUAGAAUCGAAUAAAUUUUAAUCGAUUUGAAUACGAUCGCGUAUUCGUAAAUAAUUCAAGAAAAAAUAAAUAAAUAAAUAAAAAUAAUAAAUAAAUAGUCGAGAAACAUCGACGAAAAACUUUUACGUAAUAUUAUCGAUUCAAGAGGAAUGGUGGCAUACAUGCAACAAAAAUAAUAGGAUCAUAGUAAUUAUGUAUCUAUUAACGUUUCUUCUCCGUCUGUCUUAUGGUCUUUUAUCAAGCUUUUUUUGGAUCACAAGUCAGAAGGAUAUGAUAGGUCGUUAUUUAUUGCCUCUUUAGGAUGUAAAACAAUGAUCAUGAUGAUAAUGAAGAUAAUGAUGAUGAAGAUGAAGAUGAUGAUGAAAAUGACGAAUUCAUGGAAAAAAAAAGAUUUUAUAAUUCCGUUUAGAUUCAUGAGACGUACAUAUAUAGAAAAGGAUCUCGCAUGAUCCAAUUGAGUUGAGAUAUCGAAACGAAUAGUUGGUUGAUUUUCGGUUGGCAAAAAUUUGAAUUAUUCUUGAGUACCGAUUAGAUCUAACAUUCGUUCAAUUAAGCAUGAAUGCUUUGAAAGUGUGAUCAACGUAUACUCUCGAAAAUUCAAUUUAUUGCUAUCCUUUUUAUCGCCUACGAAACGUUAUAAGGGUUGAUAAGAAAAUUGCUGCCGAUAAAAAUAAAUAUAUAUAAAUAUUUAUAUAUAUAUUAUAUAUAUAUGUGUGUUUAUGUAUAUACAAGGUGGUUCGCUAAAAUGACUGAUUCUUUUUCUUUCUUUAAAAAUAUCAUAGAUUGAUUCCGCGAUUCUUUUAUUAUAUGUAAAACAAGUGUCGCCUAGUUAUACGGAUCAAACAACGAACGUUAUUUGAAAGUGAGUUUAUCUAAUGAAAAAAUCCUUAUCAUUAUUUGUAUAAAAUUACACCUUGCGUCGUUAGAGAAAAUGUGAAAGGUUUAUAAUUAGUUCUUCAUCUCUGAUCCUUUCAUCUUUUGAAAAAUGAUGAAACGUUGUUCGUUGAUAGCAAGUGAACGGUCAGUGAACCAUCCUGUAUAUUCUCAAGGGCUCCUUAAUCGUAAUACUGGAUCCAAGAUCUAAUUACGAAGGUAAAGAGCAAAAUAAGAAAGGGGGAAUGUCUCAAAGAUAAGAGAGAAAGAAAAAAAAGAAGAAGAAAUAUAAGAAAAAGAAAAUUAGCCAAACGUUAGAAAAGAUAAUUACAUGCUCUUUUGAGGCUUUUGAGAAAAGAAAAAAGUUAAUAAAAAAUAAAAAUAUAAAAUAAAAUAAAGGAGAGCUCUCGUUUGCAGAAUCGCGCCCUAUGUCUCUCUUAGAUCUUAAUGGUGUUGCGAUCGCGACGGGAAAAAUUCGAACGCGAGUUUCGGGCGUCGUUCGGAGGACUGAAUGAAACAUUUUUGUAGAUGAUAUAAUAUAUAUAUAAAUAUAUACAUACAUAGCGUAGGUAGUUAAUAUUUGAAUCUCGUCAUAAAAAGAAGUAUCGAUUUUUGUAAAUAUGAACUCGUUAUAUAAGAGAGGGAGAAUUCUUAUUAUAAAUAUAUAUAUGAAAUAGAAACUGCGUGCGUAAAUUUACGUAAGUAAUUAUUACGUGCAUUUAUAAAAAGGGAUUGGUGUACGCACAAAUCUCGCUCUAGAAAAUACGAUAUUAACAUAAAAUUUAGUCAAUUAUGAAAUUACACGAUUGAAAGAAAGGGUAAAGGAAAGAAAGAAAAAAAAAAAAAAGAAGAAGAAACAGAACAGCAGACAAUUUUAUGAGAUUAUAUAUAAAUAUAUACCAUUUUUUAAAACCGUUGUCACCGAUUAAGGGAAUACGCGACGAUCUGUCUCGAGCAUUCCUGAUAAUUUAAAAUAAACAAAUAAACAACAAACGAACAAAAAAAGGGGAAAAAAUAAUAAUAAUUAAAAAAAAAUAGAAAAAGAAAUAAAUAAAAAAUAAGAACAAUAAGUUACUGCGUAAUCCGAUAGACAUGCAGCAGCAGCAGCAACAGCAACGGCAGCAGCAGCAGCAUAAUCGCGUUUGCGGUCAAAGUGCUUCAUUUUUUGACAAUUAUUUUGCGAAUCCUGUUGUCGGAUAUAUUUAGUAGCCGUGUGUAAAUACAUACAUACUUUACAUACAUACAUAAAAUACAUAAAUACAUACAUAGAUCUCUAAUGUAAUCGUCUGCACACGCUCGCGUAAAUGCGCGUUAAUUAAAAAAAAAACCCUCGCUUUUCUUAUUAUGGUCCGUUCGUUCUUACGUGGAUUGUCCCGAUCGAUCCGACUUAAACUUUAAUUAAUUAAUUCAUUAAUUAUACAACAAUGAAAAGACGAUGGUAGUUUUAUCGUAGACGAUAGUCAAAGAGAAAAAAAAAUAAUAAUUAUAAUAAUAAUAAUAAUAAUAAUAAUAAUAAUAAUAAUAAUAUUAAUAAUAAUAAUAAUAAUAAUAAUAAUAUCCAAGUUGGACGAUCGGUAAAUCGUCUUUCUCAUAGCAUUAUUUCGUUUUUUGGUAAGAAUAUUUCUUCUCGUGCAUGCACGUAUGUAAGCACCCACCCAUACACGCGCGACUGACAAGAUGGAUACACACAUACAUACUUACAUAUAUAUAUAAACAGACACACACAAUGAUCAUACAUACUUACAUAUACACCCCAUAAGAAGGAAAAUACAUUUCGUUCUUUACUCACACGUUUAAAUCGUGUAAUAUCUAUGAUAUUCAUUGAUACGUGCCGAACACUUAACACCCGUCAAAACCGUAAUUAACGUUACGGUAUUACAUAUUUGUUGUAUAAAGUGAAUGUAAUCAGUCGGUUAACGGAAGCUUUUUCACCAAUAAAAAUCAGUUAAACAUAA